UCCGCGAGCGAGUUGCCGUGUGCCGUGGAGCUGCUCGGGUAUCAAGUUUUUCUUUCAUAUUCGCAAAAAGUACCGUGGAAAACAUUUUGCCCUGGCUAGUGAAAAAACCUUUGAUCGCGGGCACAUUUCGAUGGGUUUGGGGAUUAGUGUUUGGUCUCGCGCUUAAACCCAAUUCGGAGGAAUAUUUUGAUUUCGGAAGCACCGAAUGUGAAUUUCUCGCUUUCCUGACCUACAGUAAAAACAUUCUCGCAAGCUAAAACAAAAAGGCAUCCAGCCUUCGAGAGCCACCAUCCCCAUCGGGCUCAAUCCAAGCGGUGAAAGAUGGUGGUCUGGUCAUCGUCUUCGUCGUCGCUCCACCGGAGGCACGUUCGAAUUCUGCUCGUCGGCGACCAGGGCGUCGGCAAAACUUCACUGAUACUGUCGCUGGUCAGCGAAGAGUUCCCGGAGGAUGUACCUACCAAAGCCGAGGAGAUUACCAUACCGGCAGACGUGACGCCGGAACAGGUGCCAACGAAUAUUGUGGAUUAUUCAUCCAUCGAGCAAACGGAUGAACAACUGGCAGAAGAGAUCCAGAAGGCCCACGUUGUUUGCAUAGUGUACUCAGUGGAAUGCGACGAAUCACUGGACCGUAUCACAUCCCAUUGGCUACCGGUGAUCCGGGAAAGUGCAGGGGACGUGCGGAAGCCCGUCGUCCUGGUGGGAAACAAAAUCGACCUCAUCGAUUACUCAACGAUUGAUCAUGUCCUGACGAUUAUGGAAGAAUUCCCAGAAGUCGAGAGUUGCGUCGAGUGUUCGGCCAAAACAUUGCACAAUAUAUCGGAAAUGUUUUACUAUGCCCAAAAGGCAGUUUUACAUCCAACGGCGCCGCUAUAUAUCAUGGAAGAACAAGAACUAACAGAUGCGUGUAAGAAGGCCCUCGUAAGGAUAUUCAAAGUUUGUGACAUCGACGGAGACAAUCUGCUGAACGAUUACGAGUUGAAUCACUUCCAGCGACGCUGCUUCAAUGCACCCUUGCAGCCUCAGGUGCUGGACGAAGUGAAGGCCGUUCUGAUGAAGAACACACCCGAUGGCAUCCGGAACGAUUCGGUUACCUUGAAUGGGUUUCUCUUCUUGCACUGCCUCUUCAUUCAGCGAGGGAGAAACGAAACCACCUGGGCCGUUUUGAGACGCUUCGGUUACAACGAAAGUCUGGAAAUGAGUUCAGAAUAUCUUCAUCCGCCGGUAAAAAUUCCGCCUGGCAGCAGUACCGAGCUCUCCCACCGGGGUCAACAGUUUUUGGUUUCGUUAUUCGAACGAAGCGACAAGGAUGGAGAUGGAGCCCUAUCGCCGGAAGAGUUCCGGGUGGUGUUCAGUGCGUGUCCUUGUCCACCAUUCUCUACCGACAUCAAGCGAACGGUGCCAACGAACGAAAACGGAUGGCCAACGCUGCACGGUUGGAUGUGUCGCUGGACGUUGAUGACUCUGGUCGACCUCAACAAAAGUCUCGAAUAUCUGGCCUAUUUGGGUUUCAAUGUGCACGAAAACGAAUCGCAACUGGCGGCAAUCCACAUCACCCGGGAGCGGCGAAUCGAUCUAGCCAAAAAGCAGAACAGCCGGUCUGUGUACAUGUGCCACGUUAUCGGUCCCAAGGGGUCGGGUAAAACUGCCUUCUGCAGGGCAUUUCUCGCAAAUGAUAUGAAGAAACUAACGGAUAAAGACAUCCGGGGCACGAACCAGUUUGCCAUCAACACUGUGCAGGUUUACGGCCAGGAAAAGUAUCUGGUACUGCGUGACAUCGAUGUCCGUCAGGUGCUGGAUCCUUUGCAACCCAGUGAAGUCAAUUGCGAUGUGGCCUGUCUGGUGUACGAUGUGAACGAUUCGAAAUCGUUCGAGUACAUUGCCCGGAUAUACAUUAAGUACUUUGCCGAAAGCAAAAUUCCGGUACUGGUCGUGGGAGCCAAAGCCGACAUGGAGGAAAUCCGGCAAGACUAUCUGCUGCAGGCUCCCGAUUUCUGCCACAAGUACAAACUGCUACCGCCGCAGUAUUUCAGCAUCAAGCACAACAAGAAAGACAUCUUCACCAAACUGGCGACAAUGGCUGCAUUCCCUCGUUUCCAAGCCGCGUGGAUUCUUUUCUAUAAGCAUAGAUUGGUACAGCUGUGGGAACAAACGCACCUGAAACAAUUUGGGCUCAUGUCCAGCGAUCCGCUCAUGUGGUGGAAGGCUGGCCUCGGUAUUGCCGCUGCUACCAUCGUUGGUUUUUUUGUGGUCAAAGCUUUCCACGGUUCCAGUUCACACUCGACGCGAUGAACGUAAUACACGGUACGUUGCUGCGCUAACGUGUUCCAUUAGUCAUCGAUAAUCCAAAUUGAAAUACAAUUAAUAGAAGCUAGAACAAUAUAAUUUCCUAGCAUUUUGAGUUGUUUCAAGGUAAAAAACGUAGAGGUACUCAUGAAAAAUAUCAGAAACAUGUUCGUAUGAUUGUUUCAAAAGACGGGAAAUUAAUCGUUUCUUCAAAAACAAUCUUCUAGUAAACAAAUGGAAUGAACCAAAUUGUUGAACAUUUAUAUUUUAUCUUUAUUUUGUAAAUAGGUAUCAUUUGGUCUUAAAGUUUAACAAUAUAAGAUUUACGAUUGUGUACCAAGAUACAGAAUGUAACCGUACUAGAACUUAUGGAUUCAUGGCGGCUUCGCAGCCGUGAAUCGAAACUAAAUGUUCGCUUUGUAAAUGAUCGAAAAAUUCCAGCUAGGCUUAUUUGGAGAGAAACUUGAUCAGCAAAACAAACUUUCAAACUCGUACACUUGAGUUAGCAGUUUAAAAGCUUCCUUUAUAAGCUGUACUUAUCUUCUCCCUGUUCUUCUCACCUUGUGCAAAAUUGGUUUAUAUUAUUGUCAUUAUUUUGAAGUCUGAUUUUAUUUACAAGAAUUUACACAAAACAGUUGAGUUUGCCUUUGUUUAUUUGAAUAACGCGUUUUCAAUAGAAUAGGUUUUACUAUACUUAUUACAAUUUGCUAGUCUAGUUAUAUCUUCAGCAUAAGCAUACGUACAUAAGGCUAUUCCGAAAGUUUAUACUUCUUCCCAAAGUUCUAAAUAAUACGUCAAGGAGUAAAUAUGCAUACGCCCAUCAUGUGUCCCACUGGAAACAAAUCGAUUAAGCUGCUAGGUAGCUUAUCUUGGCCAAGGCGUCAUGCAAGAUCCUAAAGAAGGGUGGUUUAUAACAGCUGAAUUUAUAUGCAGUUGCAGUUAUGGCAUCAAAUAGCGUGUAUAAUUUAACAUUCAAUGAUGGAACCCUAUUAUGCGAAUCGGGGCUAGGAACGUAAUUCCUAACAAAUAGGUCUAUCGUUUUGCCUGAUUUAUUAGUGCAAAGUACUAACACGUGAAUAGUUCUCACCCGCCGCAUCUAGCACAAUAGGACCCAUAGAAUAUUGCUUUUUGUUUCGUGUAAAUCUUGCAUAUUUGCAGAACGAUUGUAAGAGUAGUAUGACCGAAUAAAAAUUAUUGAAUCGUUCAGUAAA